CUUCUAGCGGUGUUUGUUGUCGCGACAUAUAGUUGGAUGAAGAAGUGCCUACUCUUCUCGAACUGGUAUUGAUUGGCGUCCCACUACUUCAUCGUUAGUCUUAGUUUUGAACUGCCACAUCACCUUCGAGAAACGUUGAGCUGCACGUCGCAAGACGUCCACUUGUUGUUUCAUCGGCCUCCUCUUCUAAACCCUGCGUGUCAUUGCUUUUCAGUAUAAAUUUAUUUCGUGACCGAAGCCGAAGUGACGGCUUUUCUCCUUUGAUACUCAAAGCUAGCAUCAACAAAAACACGAAUAACACUCUGAGUAAGUACACAAUUUUUUUCAACUCCAAACCUCCGAAACAAAAUCCAACUCCGAGAAAAUGUGUAUCUGCUGCUGCAACCCGAAGGCGGAUUUCCGGCACCUGUUAAUCGGGUGCUUCGGCUUCUCCCACGCCUUGUCCGCCCUGUUGCUGUGGGGGCGUAUGGAAAUCAAAUGGAAACUUGUUUGUCAUGUUGGACCCGGUACUUGCACGAAGCCGAAACACUACAGCAGACCAUGAUAAAGCAGCUUUAUUAAUGUGCCUUGCGGGCGUCGUAGUAGUACUACUACUAGUACUAGUGACAGGCAAAACGUUAUGUGCAGCAUGAUGUUUUGCUUUCGUGCCCAAGAACCCAUUUCCAAAACGACCGAAACCAGUUUUCAUUUCCUCUCCAUACCGUUGCUCAGCACGGUGUUGCUGGACGGCAAUAGGAUCGCGCAGUCGUUUUACGUAUGCGUUGCAGAAAAUUUCGUCGAUGUGGGCAAGAGAUAAGAUGAAUGGAAGCUUCUUGUAGAGCUAGUCUCAGUGCUGUCGUGCACGUCGACGAAGCGCUCAGCGACUUGUUUGUCAUGCAGAAGGUAUUAUAUUAAUUCACCGCCACGCAUGAUUCACAAAGAACUCACAUGAUCACAUCAACUUUCCUGGCCGAAGAUUCCCCUGGAUCAACGUGAUACGGGACUUCGACGCCGACUGCGACGUUUCGGAAAUCACGCCGCAAAUCUGGAACAACGUCUUGUCGAAGAGCCGCCACGCCCUCGUCGUUAUGCUGCAAAAAUUCCUCUGCGCGGGCUUCGCCGUUUCCGUCAUCAUGUCAGUUUUCGCGAAUGUCGGUGCGGGUAUAUCAGAGUGCACAAGAACUCCCACUAGUGGUCGUCCCACUCGUCAAUUGUUGUUAGCCCCGUUUCGACGUUGACUCGGGCAGGAGAUCUUGAGUAGCAUCAGAAACCACAGAAGACAUAGUCAUAAUUUGUAGCUCUUGCGUGGCAGAUGGGACUACAGCAUGGCCUGAGAGGCAACAGCGUCUCCUGCUGCUGGAGUCGUAAUUAGGACCACGAAAGGGGGAUUUGUGCACUUUCACAACCCAGUCGGAAAAUGGAGAAAGCCUGGUGGCCGGUGUUUGCUCUACUGGUGCUCUACGUCGCGCUGGGAGUGACGGUAAGAAUAAUGUCAUUGUUCUUACGUAAUAAAUUAGAUGCAAUAUGGCUCCGCUCGAUCUUCUCUCGACCUAGACCUAGUGAAGACCAGUAACGCCAUGCGUAGAAUGUUGCUUACUCUCGACGUCACGCCAUUUGCGUCGUUUUCCUUUGACAUAUGAGCGAAUAAAACUCGUGAGAUGAAGUGUUCACCAUCCAAACGUAAAAAAAUCUAUCAGAUUUUUCUCGCGUACGUGUGGAUUGCGAAAGUUCUCGAAGCUUGGGCGCCCUGUGCCUCGGACAAAUACUCCUUUGAUACCAUUAUGGACGUGGUCCUCCCUUGGUUUAUCGCGAAUGGGCCCGCUCUGUUUGGGAUGCACAUUCCCGCAAAUUUGACGCCUACCGUAUUGUGAGGAAAAAUUCUCCCUCCCCAUAUCGAAAAGGCGUGCUUUUCAAAAUUUUUGAUGCUGAUUUGUGGCCACAAAUCGAGUCUGUCUUGCAAGAGAGCAACGCCAGGGCUUCCGCUGCAUGAUUUCGCAGGCGAUUUGUAAUGCUGCUACGCUACUAGGGCAGACGUCUGCCAUGCUAAGUACCUACCCCAAGCCACGCCUUUCCGGGCUUUGUGUCUGUCUGCAGUCCUCCACCGCAAGACAAAUCCGAUUUGUGUACGCAAAUCCUGCGUCACAGAUUUCCACUUUGAUAUGGGGAGGGGGGAUUUUUCCUUUUGAUAUACCGAAGAAACCCGGUACAUCCUGGAAUUCUUCGCCCAGCCCGGGCAUUUGGGGGGUAGUAUUAAUUGCAAAAGUGUCUGGGUCUGGAAGAAUACAAACAAACUUGUGAUGCGCAUUUCAGAACACAGAAAAAUAUCCCAUUCCCAUGCUUAGGCAGCAAAAGCUGCCCACUUUCUGUCACCAAAAUGGCGGAUUUGUGAUGCGGAGUCAGCAUAGUGGAAGCUUCUGGAAGCCUGUGGCGCUAGAGCUUGCAUGCCAGACCUUCUGCGUCAGGCAAAAACAGCAUGACUCUUCCAGACCCAGACAUUUUUGCAUUUGAUAGGUAGGGGCUUCCUGCACUUUCUGUCCCAGGGGUUGGUCUGGGCCGUGCCGAUUAUGCUCUUGGCCAAGUGCUGCGGCAGGAAGGAGUUGCCUGAAGCCGGAGACCUACGCAUUGCAAACUAUCGUAAACUACGUAUGAACAAUUUGUUGUUGUAGUUCCGAAGAUUCCAAAUCGAUGACUAACUGGAUUAUUGAAUGUGUCAACAUUCCGUUUCAGGAAUAAAGAAGGCAAGUUUCACGAUGGAACACCAACAAGCUUGCAAUUUUGACAAUACGAGUGCGAUAGUGCUUUUGCGCAGGAUACAGCCAGGACGGAACCAACAUUCUCGUCCACCAGCCUGUUAUGGCGCAACAGCAGCAUGAUUUUCACGGAGCGCGGUAUCAGCCGCAGGACGUGAACGUGCACCAGUACUACGACUACGGGUAUGGUCAUCAGCAGAAUCAACAAGUCGUCACCGUGGUGCAAGACCAGACCACUUUCGAGCAAUGCGAGCCUCUGAUUGUCGGCACGACGAGUGAAGCUGGCGGCACUGCAGCUCUUCCGGCCGCGACGACGACGGUUUACUCAUCCACCACUUCUCAGGUUGAACAUCAAGGCCAUCCGGACCAGUACUACGCAUUUCCCCACACGGUAAGGGAGCAUGCCGGACCCGCAGGUGGAGGCGGAGUAGCUGCUCGUGCUGCUGUUGCACAUGGAAAUGAUAUUAAAGGGUACUGGACGCAUCCGCACGUCAAGGACCGGUCCUGAUUGUUUUAUUCAGAGCAGGGAAAUAAACAUCACGCACUUGUCGGCAGGGGCAGCGCAGCUGCACUGCUCGUCCACUCAUCAAGUGAUGCAAUAGUACCAGAGUGACAACGAGGCACCACAAAGAAACACAAAUCUAAUGAACACGAUUUAUCUUCUAGAUCUACCAGCACUCGACUAUAAAAGCUCUAUAAACGACUGACAGAAAAUAGCCCUUCGACUUUUACGUAAUUUCGAUGAUGAAGAUAGCAUGCACAACAACCAACAGCAUUCAGCGGACUGGAAACCGCUGUGUAAAACCGAAAACACUUCUGUUCUCAUCGAAUACUUGACUUCUUGUUGACCUUAUUUCACUUUUGGAAAUUUAUUAGAACUUACAUCUAAGUCUAACGAAAUAUCUAGUGAUCGCGACCGACUACUUUUGAAACUGAUCAGCAGAUCAUCUUCUUCGAUACCUCUAGCACCACUCUACUGGUACUGCGUUUGUGCUUUACACUUGCCUUUUGACAAUACUAGUUUUGGCCUUCAAUGAAUAUUUUUACGUAAGUACGUCAACUUGCUAAUGAUCGUAUUUCUUCCGUCAAUGGAUGAGACUCGACCAGUGACAGCAGGCUAGGAAUCGCCCUGUGGCUGGUCUUGGAACUCUUUCAAAAUGAACCAGAGAACCCGGCGGAGGAGCGUUGUGUCCUCCAAGAACGCGGAACAUGUACAUCAUCAAGAGCCCUUAUCGAUUUGUUGCGCACCAAGGCGGCACACAUAAUGAACUAUAUGAAUUGAUGCAACUUUUUU